GCUGUGUGUGUCGUCUUGUCUGUUGGCCAUCGACGUUCACUCGCUCGGCUCGACGGACGACUGAAUGACCACACAGACAGACAGACAGACAGAUAGACACCUGCCACCUCACUCAUCCCAAAGCUUAGCUGACCGGUAUGUCGCUUCGUCCGCCGAAUGGCAUUUUGAGGAAUGGGAGCGUGCGUUGGAUUUGGAUGUUGCUCAGACAGACGGCCACGAGCAGACAGACCAGCAGCGCCCCAAGGAAUGUCAGCACGAUCACCAGCCACACAGGCACCCCACGACGAGCCACCGACGGCAGCACAGCCGCCAUGUCGUCCAGCAGCGUCUCCAGCCCUUCGCCAAUCGGCACCGACGCAGACGGAGCGAACAGCCGCUGAAGACACAAAACACACACACAUCAACUCACUCGUGGCUCUCUCUCUGUCUCUCUCUCUCUCAUGUGUCUCUCUCUCCCUCUCUGUGUGAGUCAUUGCUGACCUUGCUCUUGUCGUUGAGUCGUUGUGCGAAUGCGGGUGUGAUGUACUUGGCUGCCUCCGGUUUGGCUGCCACGACGGCCAUGGGAGUGGGCCGCCUGGCGAAGGCCAACACAAUGCCGUCGCCCCCGCAGCCGCUGUUGCCCAGUCCAUAGCGAUGCGCCAACACCGACGCGAAGCGGACGAGACGGGCCGACGGCAAAUCGGCCGGCGGGUCGACAGACGACGCCAACACAACCUGACACACACACACACAAAGAGACAGACAGAGAGAGAGAGACAUGAGAGUGUCACGCUGUGUGUGUCUGUGUGGGGUUGGUUACGGCGAUGUGGAACGGCCGUGUGUGUUUGUUGCUGUUGUCGUGUUGGCACGUGUGUUGUGCGGUUGUGCGGAUCGACAUGAGUUUGCGCUCGAGUGAGUCGGCCGCCUGGUAACUCAGCAAGUGAUCCGGGUCACACACCCCGCUCACACACACACACACACAUCCAUCCAUCCAUCCAUCGUGGGAUGUCUGUGUGUGUGUGUCUGACCAUGAGUACUGGAGUCCCUGUCGGUUGCAGUCGGCCGGGUGUGUGAAGGGGCUGGGGUAGGAAGAGGCCGCCGAGGCCGUCACGCGGCCCUCCGUCGCGUUGAUCUGAUGGCCACCCGACGGCAGCAGCGGCUCCGUGUCGUCAGUGUAACUAUGCAAUCACACACACACAGAGAAACAGGGAGAGACACACAGUGGUUGUCUGUCUGUCUGUCUGUCUCAUUCGCUGAUCGGCUGAGUGGCUGUAUGGCGUACAUUGGCGGGAUGGCGCGUUGGGUGUCGGCGCCCGGCCCUCGUCGCACAUUGCCCCGCCCGUCACUCUCGUCGGGCGCCAAGGACUGCUGCCGCUGGUGGGCCGCCGAGGAGACACCCAACAGUGUGCAACACGCCACACACAAGCCGACAGUGACCAUCAU